UAUGAAAUACCUCAUAAUGCGCCGACCAUGAAUGUUCGUAUUUAAUCAAAAGUUGAAUUAUCUGCAAUACGCUAGAAGAUUCGACAGGCGUUAAUUUAAUUGACAUUAGAUCUUCACUCUGGGACAUCAACAUUCGGAUUGCAGAUUUAACAAUUUCGUGAAUUUUAUUUCAUUGGGCAUUAACUGUGCCUCACAAAACAGGGAUAUAAAUGUAUAUUUUAUAACGUCAACCAACAAGUUUAUUAUGUCGGACAAAGACCACCAGUUCGACUGCGCACACGUGAGGAAAUUUCAGUGAAAUAAAACGGUACGAUCUCGCAUUUGGUUGACAACGGGACUUGGAUUAAGUUGAUAUUAAACUCCACUAACCGGAACAAAAAAAAACAGCGUUAAAAUGUCAACAACUUUAAUGUGCAAGCACGUGCUUUUAUUUGAUCGCUUGAUUAUUAAUGGGAAUUUGAAAAUAAAUUACUGAGUUAUUAAAGACGCCAUCGUCGCAUUUGCGAUGAAAUCUGUACGGUUGCUUGGAAACGGAAGGACGCAAAAACGCACCUGUCUGCUACACAACGUUGAAAUAAUCAUCAGUUGUUACGUCAUAUGUGGCGCACUGCUCGUGCGUCACGUGUACGGCCAGUGCUCGGAGGCGCACCGCCAAAUGUGCUCCUACCCAUACCUUCAGUUACAGGCGCUCGCGUCCCAGGUGACGUCCGGUGUAGCAGGCACCGCUGGCGGCAUCAACCGACUGCUCCCAGAUUACAACGAGUCGAUGAUGAGGGAUGUCUGUAGACUGUACUCGGAGUUCCGGAACUGUUCCCAGCCGUUUAUGACGUCAUGCAACAACCACACACUUAAUGAGAUUCACAUGUAUGACGUCACACUGGGAUUUAUAUGCGGUGAUAUACUUACAGACUACCUACGCAACCGAGCCUGUUACCAGCGUCUGCAGACGUCAUAUAAUGCCUGUAAGCAGAAACACGCUAAAAAGUUCCAGGAGAUCGACGUCAGUGAUGCGUCGACGUCGCACACGCUCUGCAGCGCCUCCAAAGAUUAUGUGCUAUGUGUGUACUCAUCUACCGCCCUAGGAUGCUCCAUGGCGGCAGCAGAUGUAUACUUCCGGUUGCUCAAUCACUCCAUAACCGAGGUAUUCCGAUUGAACAACGUCCGGUGCCAAAUUUCCCACCCCAUGGACGUCAUAUCAAUAUAUACGUCAACGCAGACAACGUCGGGACGCGCGAGAACUACGCGAACGAUUACGCCGGUUGCGGACACUAGGGACCAUGAUAAAGUAGUGGCCAAGUGCAAUUCUUUGAGACCUUUGUCUCUUUGUUAUUAUAUUAUAUGUCUGUUUCUUUGUUUAUGCAUAUACAUAGACUUUUUAUGUGUGGCGAUUGCAUAAUGCGUGUCAUCGUUUGUUU